AUGGACAGCGAGUACGUCAAGGCUCUGAACCGGAGAGCCAAUGCCUACGAGCAGCUCGAGAAGUUCAGUGAGGCGCUCCUUGACUUUACCGCCAGCUGCAUCAUCGACGGGUUCUCCAACGACGUCAGUCGUCUUGCGCUUGAGAGACUGUUGCAGAAGGUGGCGAAGCAAAAGUGCAAGGCCAUCAUGGAUUCCAGGAGCAAGAAGCUUCCUAGCGCCACCUUCGUCUCCAACUACCUGCAGAGCUUCCGCCCGAAGCCUCUGCCCGAGGGUCUGGAUGAGUCGGUUGACUUGAGUGAGGAUUCAGGCAAGGGUUUGCUGCGCAAGGGUCUGGUUGCCAUGCGCCAGAAGACGGCUGAUGGCUACGAGGAGGCCGCGGCUGCUUUCGAGAAGGCGCUCGAGGUUGGUGACCUGGAUGACUUUGAGGCCUUGGCUCUCAACAUGCGAGCCACCUUCACCUACCUCGGCGGCAACGCCAACGGCGCCCUGGAGGACCUCAACAAGAGUGUGGAAAUGCAGCCCUCGCUGGUCCAGAGCUAUAUCAAGCGCGCCAGCUUGCACCUCGAGCUCGCCGCCGCCGACGACUUUGAGGUCGCCAUCACCCACGACAAGGACGACCCUGAUAUAUACUACCACCGCGCCCAGCUUCACUUCAUCCUGGGCGAAUUCGCCGAGGCCGCCAAGGACUACCAGAAGUCGAUUGACCUCGACCGCGCAUUCAUCUACUCCCACAUCCAGCUCGGUGUGACGCAGUACAAGAUGGGCUCGGUUGCAUCGGCCAUGGCUACCUUCCGCCGGUCGGUCAAGAACUUCGAGGACGUUCCCGAUGUGUACAACUACUACGGCGAGCUCUUGCUGGACCAGCAGAACUUCUCGGAGGCCAUUGAGAAGUUUGACAAGGCCGUAGAGAUGGAGAAGCAGAACAAGCCGAUGGGCAUCAAUGUCCUGCCGCUCAUCAACAAGGCUCUGGCCCUAUUCCAGUGGAAGCAAGACUUCCAAGAGGCCGAGAACCUGUGCCAGAAGGCGCUCAUCAGUAGGUUCAUGCCCCAUUGA